UUUCCAAUUUGCUUCAUAAAAACGAUUAAAAAGCACAACCAAGUCGUCCUUUUCACUAUAUGCUAAAAUUUUGACAGUCGCAGAAAACAAAGAGUUAUUCUCUUGCCAAGCCUAUCAGAUCGCAAGUUCAAAGAUUGGCGAGAUAUACACUGCGGCGUCGAUGUUCUGUCAAGAGACUCGAAAGUGGAAACACCUUGUUGGUGAGCCAUUUUUACAUACUACAUUUUAGUGGUUCGUAGGGUCGAUAUCACAGUGAUCACUUCACCAUUAGCACAAACACAAUUUGCGGAAAAAGUAGAGACAGUUUCUUGCAAGUGAUAAAAGGCUAUAAAAUUUAUGUGAAACGCAGGAAAAAAUGAAGAAAAGAAGAGAAACGUGAUGGUUACAUCCUCUUUACGAAAAAGAAGAUGAACUUUACUGACGCAAAACUCACUGAAACCAACCUAAAAGAACUCACAAACUUUCUCCACGCUCCUCACUUCACCAACGCGCGAAUCAAGCCAUUCCUCGUCUUCUGCAUCCUUUUCAUCGCUCUGCUCUCGUUCCUAAGCAACACUCUCAUCAUCCACGUGAUCAGGGUAAACCAACACAUGCAUACAACCAUCAAUUACCUCAUUAUGAACAUGGCAUGUGGAGACUUGUUAGUUACAUUGGUCAGUUCGAUGAAUAACAUCAACCGCUUAUAUAACGGAAUGGCAUGGGCGAAAGGGGCGUUUGGAAACAUGUCUUGCAAAGCCAAGUACUACGCAAUAUUUGCUGCCAUGUUCUGCUCUGUAUUCAGCCUGGUUGCGAUCACGUUUGACCGGUUUAUGGCCGUUGUUCGUCCAUAUUCGCACAAGCACUUUUCAAGGUGGUCCAAAUACACACUUCCGGUAGUCUGGUUAGCAUCUCUGGGAGUACCAUCUGUACUGGUGUUCCGAAAAUUUUCAGUCGUUCAAUUCCAUGAGAUCCAGGACGAUAAAAGCUACUGUGUUCCCUUAAAAUCCGUUAAUGAAGGAGCUUUGAUGACGAUCUGUGGAUACGGUGUACCUCACGUUGUCAUGGUGAUCAUGUACACAAUGAUCGCGUAUAAGCUUUGGAUUCGACGACUUCCUGGGGAGCAACUACCUGAUACUCAGCAGCGACAACUUGUUCAGCAAACUGCAAAGAGAGUCACUCUUAUGAUAAUCUUUGUUUUACUCGUCUUCGAGAUUUGCUGGGGGCCGAUGUUUGCCCUGAACGUCAUCCCAUGUUUGAUCCCUCAUUUUCGAAAAAUUCAUGACCCCGUGAUUACAGCCAUCGUUGCCAUGGCGAUGUGUUCAAAUGGUGUCUUCAAUGCCUUGAUAUAUUUUUCCUUUUGUGGUCAUUUUCGACAUGCAAUCAAGGCUACCAUGCGGAUCAGCUCCAAACUGAGUUUAAGAAGAUGUAAAAAGGAAUCGAAAAUAAAUCCAAGGACAAGUUCACAUCUGCAGAUGAACCCACCGCUAGAUAAACAAGAUGCCGGACAAGGUUCAGUUGCCGGACAGUAGUGUUAAUAAGACAUAGCGAACUCCGAUUGCCUUAGGUCUUAAAUCUAGUUACUUUAUAGUACGUUUGACUCUAUCGCAAGGCAUAGAUGAUGUGCUCCGCUAAUGGGAUGCCUUUCACCGCUGUGGUGCUGUGCUCAUUAAAAUUUCGUGUGUCCUCACGCAAGGCGAGAGUUGACUGUAUUAUAUAUAUGAUAUUAACUCAGUCGUCCUUACUUUAUGACUGGGUUACUUCCCUAGUGAAUGGAAGGCCCCCUUGUAGAAUACAAAAUGAAAAAUAUUCAAGGGUUUUUUCAAACAGCGAAGUUCCGUAGAAUUUCAAAGUGUUUGUUUGGCAUGCUCUUAAAAUUAAAUUAGGAUUGACUUUAUUGCUAUGCUUGCUUUUAAGUUCAUCUAUGGAAUUGCACCUUUGUAAAGGUCCAUAGUACUUCAAGAUAUAAUUAAUGAUCCAAUGAGUGGAUACUCAAUAAGAGGACUAGCUUGGCGAUGGGGCGGCAUUCUAGUUUCUGUAACGCACCAAACAUAUGGAACAAAUGACCAUAUCUCAAAGCUUACUAGAAAAGUUUAUUUUUUUGUUCACUCAUUUCUUUGGAAAUAUAAUUCGGCAAAUGUUACUUUUUGAUCUACGUUUCGACCAUACUUCGUCGGUCUUCAAGUUCUGGCGUUCCUGACAGACAUACGAUAAGUUUUUUUCCCCAGUUGUUUACAUUGUUUAUAAUGUCGAAGAAAUCUUUUGAAUGAUAGCUUUUGAUCUACGUUUCGACCGUACUUCAUUGGUCUUCAGGAUCUGGCGUUCUUGACAGACAUACGAUAAGUUUUUUCCAGUUGUUUACAUUGUAUAUAAUUUAGAAGAAACCAUUUGAAUGAUAGCUUGAGUCAGAUGUUUAUUGGAGUACAUAUGUGUAUACAUUAUUUAAAUUAUCUUGUACAUAUUAGAUAAUAUAAAUUUAAUAUUAUUUGUGUUCUGAUUAGAUUAUUAUUAGAUUUUUAGAUCCUAUAGUAUAGAUAAUUAAAUGUUAAGAGCCUGAUAUCUUUUUUAUUCAAAAUCAAAAAUCGACUCCUAAAUUUCAACUGGAAUUACAGUGGAUGAAGAGCUACUCUUUAGAAAUGCCACUGCUAAAUCCUAUUUAUUAUUUAUUUAUUUAUUUAUUUUGUUAUUAUUCACUCGUGUUCCAUAUGAUAUUGCUCGCUCGCUCACGGACUGGCUCGUUUGCGAUAUAAUAAAGAAAAUUCAUUGUCAAGUUAAUAAUUUAAUAAUAUUUAAUAAUGUGAUAAAUAUGUGUGAUUCUUAUAGAGGCUUUGCACCAUCACGUGAUGGCCGCCAUGACAGCGGGCAUAACAAUAGUCUUUUCCCCCUGGGAAACUGAAUCCUUUCUAAUGUAAAUCAGAUUAGACCAGAAUCAAUUGUUCCUGCCUCCUGUCAUGGCUACCAUCACGUGAUAAUGCCAAAGCCUCUAUUCUGAUUCUUAUUGGUCGGAGCUUGUGGUCUAUUCACAGCAAGAUAAAUACAUGUUAGUUCAUAUGAUAUUCAUUAUAUCGCGGGAAAAAUGGGAUUAAACUAAAAACACUAGUCUGAUGUUUGUCUAGAGCCUGUAGUCUAUUCACAGCAAAAUAAACUGAUACAUGUUAGUUCAUAUGAUAUUCAUUAUAUCGCGGGAAAAAUGGGAUUAAACUAAAAACACUAGUA